AUGUUCAGGAAUCAAUACGACACCAAAGAGACGACGUGGUUGCCGGCGGGGCGGCUGUUCCAAGUGGAGUACGCGAUGGAGGUUGUGAAGACGAUGGAAAAAAAACUGGGAAAUUGGAGAUUGUGGGUGGGGGGCCAUAAAUUAAUCGGGUAUAUGUUAUGUAUAUUUAAGUUUCUCUACUGGUAUGCUCGUUUGACGAUGACUCUAGAAGGUUUUGAGAUAAAACAAAAUGGAAAAGGCAACACAGAUGUAGAAGAAAAGAAUCAACAUAUAAGAAAAAAGAGGCUGCCCGCGGCUACGGCAACAUCUCGACGGUUUCACGCGGCUCGCCGAGGGAAGAGGAGCAGCGACUGCCGGAAUCGCUGUUGGUCGCUGACGGAGGAGCUGCGGUGUUCAAAGGAUGUUCGUGGAGGUGCUGCGUGA